AUGGUCCGACACAAGAAAGACAACUUCUCUCGAGGAGGAAAGAAAUUCUCUAACCCCCGCCCACGUCCUGUACCCCGCGGCGGUGACGACGAUUCUUCCUCCUCCAGGCCUCCCUUCAAAGCUGCCUGCUGGGAUUUAGGUCAUUGCGAUCCGAAACGAUGCUCUGGAAAGAGACUGAUGCAGUUUGGUCUGAUGCGAGAGUUGGCAAUAGGACAGAAGUUUCCAGGAGUGAUUGUGUCUCCAAACGCAAAGAAAGUCAUCUCCCCUGCCGAUAAAGACCUCCUGGAGCAAUUCGGUGCUGCUGUGGUCGAGUGUUCCUGGGUUCGGGUGCAGGAAGUGCCUUGGUCACGAAUUGGAGGUCGAUGCGAACGACUCUUGCCUUACCUCAUCGCAGCAAACACAGUCAACUACGGAAAACCAUGGCGGUUAAACUGCGUCGAAGCCCUCGCCGCCUGCUUUUGCAUCUGCGGCCACGAAGACUGGGCCAAAGAAGUCCUCAAACAUUUCCAAUACGGCGAGGCCUUUCUAGAAAUCAACUCCGAGCUCCUAAAGCGGUACGCUGCCUGCGAGACCGAAGAAGACGUCAAACGAACAGAAGAAGAAUGGCUCGCCAAGAUCGAAAAGGAAUACGAGGAUAGUCGGGCUGAAGGCGGCGCAGACGAUAUAUGGACUGUCGGUAACACGAAUCGCCGAUUACAGCCGGAUUCCGACGAGGAUGGUUCCGAGAAUAGUGACGGUAGCGAUAACGAAGGGACCAAAGACGACGACGACGACGACGAAGAAGAAGAAGAAGUAGAAAAAGACCCCUACGCCAUAUCCGACGAUUCAGAAGAUGAAGCCGAAAUGGCCGCCAUCCGUGCGAAAAUCCUCAACUCCAAAUCCUUCCAGAACCCCUCUGCUGCGCCGGACAGACCGCAGCUGGAGAAGAUAUCGCGCCCGGAUCCUGUGCCGUUGAAAGAAGACUCAGACGCUGAGUCUGGUUCGGCUGAUGGGAGCGACGACGAGGAGGAGGCCUUUGAUAAUAUCAUCAAUGCGACCCCUGUUACAGAUCGAACGGGGAUUAUCGCUGCGUCGAAACGCAAGGGGAAUGACUCGUUUAGUGCCUCGUUCUCACGAACGGUGAUUAAUGCGCCGAAAAAGUGGUAGUUCCAGUUAGGUAUCCUCUCUAAGUUAUUUGAAAAAAAUGAGUGAUCUGCACUAUAUAUCUAGGAUGUAGGGGGGAAAAAGUUAUGUCAAUAUAUUACCAUGAAUAUAAUGAAGAAUUAUGAAGCGC